AUGCAAGCGGUGAUCGCCUUGUGUCAUUUCUGUGAAAACCACGGUCCAAGGGUGAUGAUGAUCACUCAGCCUAUGCGCAGCACAUCCAGCAAAGCCCGUCAGUUUGCGAAAGUGUUACAGCUGUCACCACUAGGAGAUAGUGACCAUGAAAGGCCGAUCUAUUACGGAGAUUGUACGCCUGAAAUUCUUGAAGAUCCGGAGGAACGGUGCAAUGCCUGCACUUCUUUCGGUAAUAUUAAUCAGCCUUGUUUGCUUUCAAAUGACCAUGAGAAUAAAACUAGCUAUAUUAGUACUCAGAUUCCUCUAAAAGAGCGAGUUUACGAUCGGGUCCGAAAUGCGUGUCUACGUUCUUUAAGUUGCGAGAUUCCCGCACCACACAAGGAAUCAUCAUUUCCAAUACGACAGGUUCACAUUGGAACCACUGGAACACAUAUUAAUCAAGUCCGACAUGAAGGCCUUGUCGAAAAUGUCGAUGAAGGUGGAAAGACUGAUGCGGAUGGACCUGUUUUUUUCGGUGAUGCAGACAACGGAUAUUGUUUCUCGCUCACAUUUAGGUUACGGGAUUCAAAAGCUCGUGGUUUCCUUCGACUUUAUUCGUUCAUCGUGGUUAGCAACGACAUGACAUAUAUAAUUAAUAAUUAUGAGUUCUUUCUACAAGCGCUCACAGCAGUGAAGGAAAAGCUGCAAGGUAUGGCGUCAGCCACAUUUGAAAGCGAGCUGACACAAGAUGAUGUGAUGCGACCUCAUUAUGCUAGCAUGGCUGGUCGGCUACCAAGUGGCUGGUUCAGACCUAAUGAUAGAAAUGGAAGACGGGUUGCCAUAGACACUAAGAGGAAUCUUCAAACGAUUACUGGUGAUGAGCUUAUUUGGAACAUGUUACAUAGAUUCUCGACCGCAAAACUCACGUGUUCUUACGCAAUAUCACUUAGUAGGGUCCUCACUCCAUGUCUAGCAUACGUGGAACCUCAUGGAAGGAUUGGACCUGGGAAUGUUGAAAGCUCAAAACAGUUGGCUGUAUUUAUGAAAAAGUGCGUGGACAAGCUACUUCAAUUCGCAGUUUUGCUCACUUAUGUGCUCAGCGACGGCGAUUUCCUACGCUCGCUCUCUGGUCCGCUGUUGCCGGGCGGAGCGCCUCCCACUGGCGAGCUCUGACAGAUGAUGUGGACCCUGCGCACUGAGAUUCUCCGGUAUUGUGAUCAAGUAUUGGAAGGUGUACCGACGCAGGACAUGCUAGUGAUGAUGGAGAUGGAGCCGGCUGAUAUAAUGGAAUUGGAUCUAGCACAUCCAAAUCAGCACGAGGUGACAUUACAACAGUUGGCAAAUUUGAAGCUGGCCGCAAAGAUGUUGCACGAUGGAAACGAAGCGGAUCUCGACUUGGUGAUUAAACAAGUCAUUACCGGUGGUCAGGUCGUCGUCGAGAGUCCUGAUCGAGUACUAGCAAAGCAUCUUAUUCUGGCGCUUUCAAAUCUUCUACCGAUUGGCUGUUUGACAGUGUUGAUUUACAGCGAGACUUACGAGUCAAAGUACAAUUUUCUUGGCGGUCCGGUCGAUAUGGAUAUACCACUCGAUACGAACGUGCUGGUGCUCCGCAUCGAGGCCAUCGAUACCAAUCAUUUGACAAGCGGGUCCAUAGAUUCGUGUCGUAUUCAUGUGCGACGACGUCCUGUACCCACCGAUCAAAAUCCUCGUGGCACUACGAGGCCAUUUCAACCGUUUUCAGACAACGAAGUGCACAGUACUGUUCUUGACGCCACAAUCCGUUCAACACGUGAACACUGGGUUUCGAAAGCAAAGCUGGUUUAUCAGAUGUCUUGUCAGAAAGAGAUCACUCCAUCAGUGAACAUCAGCAACGUGUUCAACAUCAUCCGUGGUUGUUCCGAACAGGAUCGUGAUGUGCUAAUGUUUUGGCAAGAGGGUUUGUCGAAAGUAUAUAAGGAAUCUGUGAUUGCAACAAUUAGUCAACACCCACAUUAA